AUGCCUUCCAAGGGCCUUAUCAUUGCGGGCCUUGAGCUGCCAGAGCCCGAGACCUCAAAUGGGGAUCCUGUCGAACAGUUACACAAGGUUGAGCUCGCCCAUCAACGGUACCCGAGUCUACCUCAAGAAAAGCUGGAUGCAAUCCACCUGGAAGCAAUCCACCAUGCGAUCGAGGCAAAAGACAAGGCAAAGGCACUCGAGAUUGAGAAAACCCUUGCGCAGGACUCUCAAUAUGAGCCUGUUCGUGCGGCAGUACGCAACACAUAUGGCGGAGAGGUUACAAACACGGUGUGA